GCUAGUAUAUAGCAAUAAAUAUUAAAUACCGAUAAUAGCAAAGUAAUAACCAAACAUGGUAAUUUGUUGCACGAAUGGGAAAGGCGCUACGUCGAAGCAUCCUAAUGCAUUAUUAUGGCAGCGCUUGCUAUCAAGCAAAUAGUUUGCUAUCGGCCUAGGUCUAGUGCGGUUACGAUCAAAAAUGGAGCAGAAAUCUAUGUCAGAUACAGAUACAAAAAAGUGGCAAACGUUGUUAAGGAAGUUUGAAAAUGACAAUGGGCUUGUCAUUGAGGAGGCAAAUAAUGAAGCGGGAUCUAAUAAGGGAGACAAUUAUACGUCGAUUAUGAUCAGAACUUUGGUCUCCGGUAAAUUCGGUGACGGUAGUCCUUAUAAAAAAAAAUUUAUGACUAAAGUACUUCCGUAUACACGCGCAGUAUCGCAAAUGAUCAAUACGGAAGCAUUAUAUUUAAUCGAGGGAUACAUUUAUGAAAAGAUAUUACCUAUUAUUGGUGAUUUUGGACCACGUUCCGUUUUAUUAGACAAGGCCGAAAUUAUUAUGGAGGAUUUAUCCGAAAAAGGAUAUAUCAAUUGUAAAAGACAAAAUCAUCUUGAUUUGGAACACAGUUUGUUCACCAUUCAGAAUUUAGCCAAAUGGCACGCAAAAUCUUUGUCGAUAAAAUUGAAGGAUCCGGAAAAUUUCGAUAAAUUGACAAGUCCUCUGAAGGAAAUUAUUUUUACGAUCGAUUCUGUCUCUGUGAUUGGCAGUACUGUUGAGAGUAGUAUGAAUAGCGGUGUCUAUAACUUAGAAUCGAUAAAGAAUCCAUCGGAAAAUAUUAAAAAAGUCAUAGAAUAUUUGAAAUCAUUGAAACAUCAAUGCUACAAUAUUUUGUCAAAGUUGUUCAAUUUACCAAAGGAAAAAUACUUUUGUAUUUGUCAUGGGGACCCAUGGAUGAAUAAUAUUUUAUAUAAAUACGAUAAGAACGGCAAAGUAUCGGAUUUGAAGUUCGUUGAUUAUCAAAUUGUUAGACACUCAUCGGUUGCCACGGAUUUUCAUUAUUUCGUUUAUACCAGUGUAAGAUCGUGCCACAUCGAGAAUGAUUAUGAUAAAUUGGUGGAACACUAUCAUCGUCAUUUUUCGCGAUAUCUCGAAGAAAAUGGCGUUAACGAGGAACAUCGUAAAAAUUUAAAUAUAGAUUGGUUCAAAUCGGAAUUGAAAAGAUUUAGUUUAUACGGUUUGUUAACUGGAUUCUGGUUAAUUCACGUUAUACUUGCAGAUGAGAAUAAUAUAUUAGAUAUGGAUAAAUUAACUUUGGAAGACGUAGAAAAUAUAGAAAGUUUUUAUCAGGACAUUGACGAUAAUAAACUCAAAAGAUACAAAUGCGUAGCUUCGCAUUUUUAUAAUACAUUUGUUAAAUAGAGAUUAAAUUUUAUAUGAAAUAAUUAACUAAAGGGAAACAUAGUAUUGUAUAACAAAUAAAUACUAUCUGUUUGUUACGUUAUAAAUAGAAUUAAUCGUGUUAGGAUAAUUUACAUUUUGUAAAUUUGCAAAAUAGGACAACUGUGUGUAUA